UGCACCCUUAGAACACCCAACACACAGACAUAUACAACAAUGGAAUCUGGGGUCAAAUUUCUGUUGGUGUCAUCAGAGGGCCAAGAAACACAAGGAGCAGGACUAGAAGCAGCACCAAAACUUUUACUCCCAUCACCAAAAGUCUCACUUUCUUCUUCUUCUUCUUCCAUUGUCUCCCUACAAAAAGGGGAGCAAGAGCACAAGGAGAAGAAAAGAACUGCACCAAGAACAAUUAGUUGAAUUCUCUUCUUAGCAUCAGCAUCAGAAGAGGAGAAGGAAAGAUGUCCAUGAACGCCGACUUAGGCAAGCCAAGGGAGCUCACAGGGUUGCAGCAGAGGAGGGCUCUGUACCAGCCAGAGCUUCCUCCAUGCCUCCAGGGAAAGGCUAUUAGAGUGGAGCUUGGUGAUGCAACUACAACCAUCGACCCAACAUGCGUGAACAUGGUUGCACAGGAAUUUCCCCACACCUUUGGUCAGCCUCUGGUGCAUUUUCUGAAGUCAAACAAACUGGAUGCUCAAGCCACAGAUGCACAUACAUCAAUCAGGGUUGGUGUAGUGUUCUCCGGGAGACAAUCACCAGGGGGGCACAAUGUUAUAUGGGGCAUCUAUGAUGCUAUGAAGACACAAAAUCCACAGAGUGUUUUGCUUGGAUUUAUUGGUGGCACUGAAGGCCUAUUUACAAAUAAGACAUUGAAGAUCACGGAUGAUGUUCUUUCAGCAUACAAAAACCAAGGUGGAUUUGAUUUUCUCGGCAGAACUGUAGAUCAAAUCCACACAACUGAGCAAGUGAAUGCUGCAAUGUCAACAUGCUGUGAUCUUGACUUGGAUGGCCUGGUUAUCAUUGGAGGGGUGACCUCCAAUUCAGAUGCUGCUCAGCUUGCAGAAACAUUUGCUAGUCACAAUUGUAAGACAAAGGUUGUAGGCGUGCCUGUUUCAUUAAAUGGUGAUCUCAAGAAUCAGUUUGUUGAGACAACUGUUGGUUUUGAUACAGUGUGCAAGGUGAAUUCCCAGCUUAUAAGCAAUGUUUGCCUUGAUGCAAUCUCAGCUGGGAAGUACUACCAUUUUAUCCGUGUGAUGGGUUGGAAAGCAUCUCAUGUUGCCUUGGAGUGUGCACUUCAAUCACAACCAAAUAUGGUUAUCUUAGGGGAAGAAGUGGCAUUUUCCAAGCUCACUUUAAAGGAAAUUGUAAGCAAGAUAUGCGAUGGAGUGCAAGAAAGGGCAACACAAGAUAAGUACCAUGGUGUCUUACUUAUUUCAGAGGGACUAAUCGAAAGCAUUCCAGAGAUGUAUGCACUUAUUCAGGAAAUUAAUAUUCUCCACAGCAAUAAAGUUCCUGAGAACAAGAUUCCAUCUCAACUUUCUCCAUGGGCUACUGCCUUGUAUAACUACUUGCCUCCUUUCAUACGAAGAGAGUUGCUCCUACAUCAAGACUCCGAUAACUCAGCACAACUGUCCCAGAUUGAUACUGAGCAACUCUUGGCCCAUUUAGUAGAAGCAGAAAUGAACAGGCGAACAAAAGAGGGGAAAUACAAGGGAAGGAAAUUCAGUUCAGUUUGCCACUUCUUUGGUUAUCAAGCACGAGGAUCCCUACCAUCAAACUUCGAUUGUGAUUACUCCUAUGUUCUUGGUCAUAUUUGCAUGCACAUACUAGCAGCUGGGUUGAAUGGUUACAUGGCUUUUGCAACAAAUCUGAAGGAACCGACAAACAAAUGGCGAUGCGCUGCUGUUCCUCUAACUGCAAUGAUGAGUUUGAAGAGGCACUCACGCAGUCCUGGAGCUGUUCCUACUGGAAAGCCAGUUAUUCAUCCUUCUCCAGUUGACCUGCAAGGGAAGGCCUAUGCGGUCCUGAGAGAAAAAGCCUCAAGCUUCCUGUUAGAUGAUUUCUACAGAACUCCAGGGGGCAUUCAAUAUGAUGGAUCUGGUGCAGAUGUGAAGCCAAUCACAUUGACUGUUGAAGAUCAAGACUACCUAGGUGACAUUGAGCUGCUGCAAGACUACUUGGAGAAGGUGAGGAACAUUGUGAAGCCUGGAUGCUCCAGGGAGAUUCUGAAGGCUGCAAUAAGCUCGAUGUCGUCGGUGAAGGAUGUGCUGAAGGUGAUGUCGACUCCCUUCAGUGCAGAGCUUCCUCUGUUCAAUCUCAACUGAAAGUCAGCUUCAUCAGACAUGAGUUAUUUUUUUAUCAGGUAGACAUUGUGUUCAUCAUAUGUGGCAUCUGUCCAUCUUGUAGAAUUGGAUCAGAGCCAUGAGUGAUGGUGGUUAUUAACAAGUAGUAGACUGUUUUGUUUGAUGUGUCUGUUCUGCUUGUGAUAUGAAUGGAACCCAGCUAUUCUUUUUCUUUUGUUUUGAGGGGAUGAACCCUACCAUUCAUGUCAGUAAACAUUGCAUUGCAGUGCAUAUGACCAGCUAGUGGAUAUGAAUAAGUACAAAUUGCAGUGACUUCCUAGCUUGUAAUCAGAGCAUGUUUUUUUCCUAUCAUGGUAGCUGCUUACAACAUCUGUAAAUGCGAUCCAACAA